UUAAUUUAGAGAGUUCGUACUAUGACAUAGCCUCUGAUAUGAAGCCAGAGGCAAAAUUUCAUCUGAAACCUAAAUCUCCAUAGCCCUCCGAUCUGAAGCCUCUGAUAUCCUUCCAUGGGUCUAAUGAAAUCCGAUAGUAUGUGGAUGGACAGUACAUUGCCUCCGGUCUAUUUGAUGGUCCGUUACUCAAACACUCCGAUUGUUUCAAUCAGGUUGGUUGAUUUGAUUAUCAUUUUCAUUCAGUUUUUGACAUUUUUAUCAAAUGUGACAUUGAGUUCUGCUUGGUUGAACGUUUAGGCAGUUAUAAUUCUCAUACCGUUAAGUUCAAUUUUAAGGUAAUCUUCAUUGAUUUUUAUGCUCUGUUUUGUCCCAUGUUUAGAUGGAAGUUUAUAAUUCUCCCACUGUUAAGUUCACUUCUAGCUAAUUUUUGUUGAUUUAUGGGAAAAAAGAUCAGGUGUCAUGUACUCUUAGCUUUGUAAAAAGUGAUAUUGUAUUUUGAGAGUGUCGGGUUCGUCGGUUUUCAUUUGAUUCAGUUCUGAAGAUUUAAGUGUUCUUUUAUGCUCGGUUUGGUUGUAGUUUUAGCAAUUUCACUACUAUUAAGUUCAGUUUUAAGAUGAUAUUCCUUGAUUUUUCUUCUUUGUUUUUAUCUAUUGCUGGAUGGAACUGCAUACUUUUCUGCCUAUCAUGCUCAAUUCUAGCUAUUUUUCGUUGAUUUAUGAGCUCAUUUUUUGCUAUUUUUGAGUGCUAUUUCCCAUAUGAUUUUUGUAGAAAAUGAUACAUUUUGCUUUGAUAUUUUGCGAGUGUCCAAGUCCACAAUAUGUAGAGUGUCCCCUUCCUUUUAUGGAGUUAUGGUCUAAUAGCCAAAGAGGAAAAAGAACAUCAAGAAGGAAAAGAUCUAUGUGGUAUUGAGGAUUCUCAUCAAAUUAAAAUGGAUACUCUCUCCUAAUAGAAAAGUUAACGAACAAUUAAUCAUGAGGGAACUUCAUGGCAUUUGUAGCCUAACUUGAAUAAGUUUCUUGGAUUGGCUUGACCUAAAUAGAAGGAAGCUCGAGCUACAUUGCAAAAGCUUUUAUCAGAGGAACAUGAUCCGUGAGGCAACAACAUUUUUGUUGGAUGUUCUGACUUCUGAAGCCUAACCUUCCAGAGCAUGGUUACCUGCAGACUAAGCUUGUGAUGAAGAAAAUUGAGGAUCCAACAUCCCGUCAACAGUUCUAUUCAAAGCGCAAGGAUACCAUCCUUAAGAAGUCCAAUGAGUUGGCUGUUUUAUGUGAUGUGGAUGUUGGUCUUCUAAUGUUUUCUCCAGCCGGCGAAGUGACUAGCUAUUCUAGCAAAGAACGUCUUGAGGAUGUCAUGCUCCUUGCUAUGAACAAGGCUGGUGAACUGAACAAGCUAUCUCCUGAAAAUCCAAAUGAACAGGCUUUGAUGGACUCUCUCACACAAUCAAAACAUGAAGCCGAAAUGGUGGAGAAGAUAGCGAUUGUUGAGGCUCAUGAGGAGAAGCUUAAUGGGGUCAAAGAAAGACUAAGUGAAGCACAACAGAAAAUAAGGUAUUACGAACCACAAGUGGAGAGUAUCAACUCUGUCCAAGAAGCUGAUGCAUAUGAGAAGUUCAUUUUGAGUGCUUUGGAACUGAUUCAACUAUCAAAGGCAAAACUCUUGGGUGACCAGGAAUUUCUCCAGAGAAAUGAAAAUGUUGCGGUGUCUUCUGUCAACGCAGAGGAUAUGGCUGCUGAAGGAACCAGUGGGGGAUGGAUGUAUUGAGGAAACAGGCCGGAUCACGGCGGGGAAGUAGCUGCGGAUGUCCAACAGCUACAGCAGGAAUUAUAGUUAUACUAGUUAAUAGGCUAAGAACUUAGUAGAAUAAAUAACUUGCCCCUAUCAGGCAAGCAAAAGUAUGAAUAAUGUUGCAUUUGUCUAUUGUGAAUGCAACUAUUUGAAUAUGGCAUCAAAACAUAGGUAUUGUGUUUUGAAAUAGAAAACAAUUUGGUUUGGUUUUAUUUGGUUUCGA